UGAGCUUUUUUUAACCUAUUCAACUCUACUUUCUCUCUUCAAUUUUAACCUUUGUUUGCUUUUUAAUUUUAAUUGUGUUAAUAUGGCUGGUCGCGGUCGAGGAGGUCGAGGGGCCAAGUUAAUGGCAAGGCUUCAACGUUUGAAAUUGGAACAACAGUCUGCUUCUGAUACUCCUGAUCCUGCCGAACCUAUUCCCGAGCCUCCAUCCGAAGCUCAAGCUCCAUCAUCCGAGAGUACAUCUCAAACAGAUUCCGCUUCAGAAACAGCAUCUGAUUCUGGAUCUGCAACUUCAGGACCAUCAUCACCCAGACCAACUUCACCGGGUCCAUCACAGAAUUUGGGUGGCAGAGGUAAACUUCGACGAUAUUUAGUCCAAAAAACGCCACCAGAAUCACCAAGAUCACAAUCUCCCGAUUCAUCUAGUGAAGCAACAAACGAUUCGUCUGCAACAGAUCAAACAUCUACUGGAACUGGUGGUUCAUCAUCUGCCUCAACUGCCUCAUCUACACCACAAUCCCCGGUCCGUGCUACACUAGAACCAUUAUCAGCUAUCGCUAAUAAGGUUGUUGGAAAAGAUGGUGAAUCUAUCAAAGUCGCUGUUAACUUUAUGAAAAUUAAAGUUGUACCCAAGAAAAGAAUCCAUUUAUAUGCCGUCUUUUUCGAACCCAAUAUCGAUGCAAUCUAUUUACGAAGAAAGAUUUUAAAUUCAGAUGAAGUUGUGGAAAAAAUUGGUACAGUUAUGAAUUUUACCGGUACCAAUCUUUUCUUGCCUCUCAAACUAGAUGAAGACCCUUUGAUUAUUAACACAACACAUCCAUCAUCUCCUGGAAUAACUGUUGAAGUAAAAAUUCAACAUGUUAAAAUUCCUCCAGCUGAGGAAUUGAUCAGUUUUUACAACAGUUUGUUCAACAAGGUUCUUCGAGCUAUGAAAUUGGUCGAGCUGAACAUGCACCAUUACAAUCCAACGGGCAAAAUUGAUGUUCCAGCUCAUAAAUUGGAGGUUUGGCCUGGUUACAUAUGUGCUAUUCAAGAGUACGAUGGAGGCCUUAUGCUCAAUUGUGAUACUUCACAUCGAGUUCUUCGUAAAACUACUGCUCGUGACAUGCUCCAUGAAAUUUGGCAAACCGAUAGUGAACAUUUCAUCGACCGAACCAACAAACUAUUGCUUGGCGCCAUUGUUUUGACUCGGUAUAACAAUAAAGCAUACCGAAUAGAUGAUAUUGAUUUUAAAAGAAACCCAUUAUCCAAAUUUACUUUGAAAGAAGGUCAGGAAAUUACCUUCGUUGAAUAUUUUAGACAACACUGGGGUGUUGAAAUUAAAGAUCAUAAGCAGCCUUUGCUCAUUCAUCGGCCUAAGCAAAGAAGAGGCGACACGGAAGAAGCACCUCUCAUCUGCUUGAUUCCCGAGCUAGCUUACCUAACUGGAUUGACAGAUGAUAUCCGAUCGGAUCAUAGAGCUAUGAAAGAUUUGGCCUCACACACAAAAAUAUCACCAGAAGCCAAACAUAGACGGUUGGUUGAAUUUAUUAGAACAGCUUAUGAAAAUGAAAACGCAAAACAAGUUCUAGAUGAUUGGGGUGUUGAAAUAGAAAGAAGUCCUCACGUCACAACAGCUCGUAAAUUUGCAUCUGAAAAGCUUACCUUUGGAGGUGGAAAUGAAAUUAAUGUUGGUGACAAAGCAGACUGGGGUAUGAAACUACGAGAUGCUUCCAUUUUAGAUUCAAAGCCAGUUAAACGAUGGUAUUUUAUUUACAAUGGUCGAGAUCGGCCCAGAGCUGAAGAAUUUGUUAAAACUCUUCAAACCAUUUCACGAAAAUUGGGCUUUUCAUUUGAUAAUCCAAGAAAAUGUGAGCUCAGGGAUGACAAUACAAACACUUACCGGCAAACACUCCGAGAUGUCGAUAAAAGUGCUGAAUUGAUUGUUAUUAUGACACCUGGAUCUUCACAACGAGAAGAUCGUUAUGCCGCAAUUAAACAAGCAUGUUGUGUUGAUCUUGGAAUACCUUCCCAAGUUGUCAGAAAUAAUACUUUAACUCCAAAUAAAUUUCGCUCUGUAGUUCAAAACAUAGCCAUGCAAAUUGCUUGUAAACAAGGUGGUCAACUAUGGUCAAUUAACAUUCCUAUGCCUAAUGCCAUGAUAGUUGGACUUGAUUCGUACCACGAUCCAUCAAAUAAGGCUAGAUCAGCUGUUGGAGUUGUUUCAUCAAUAAACAGACUUGCAACUCGAUGGUAUUCUCGCUGCUUUUUCCAAAGUCGACGUGAAGAAAUUGUUAAUACUCUUGGACUUGCCAUUACUGCUGCCCUCAAGAAGUACAACGAAGUUAAUAACACAAUUCCAGGCAAGAUUUUUAUCUAUCGUGAUGGUGUUGGAGAUGGUGACCUUCCUAUGGUUCGAGAAUAUGAGAUUCCUCAACUUGAAGAGGCUAUUACCAAUUAUAUUAAAAAUAAACCAGAGCUCAAGAGACCUCAACUCAGUUUUAUUGUGGUUCAAAAACGGGUCAAUGUUAAAAUGAUGCAAAUAGCUGGACGAAAUCUGGUCAAUCCUCCUCCUGGAUCGGUCAUUGAUCAUACUGUUACUCGAAAACAGUUUUAUGACUUUUAUCUAGUUUCCCAGCAUGUUCACCAAGGAACAGUCACCCCGACUCAUUACAUUUCCCUGCUUGAUGAAUGUGGACUAGGACCUGAUAAACUACAGAAAUUGUCGUACAAAAUGACUCAUCUUUAUUACAAUUUUCCUGCAACCAUUAGAGUGCCUGCCCCGUGUCAAUACGCUCAUAAACUGGCUUUUCUUAUGGGACAAUAUGUUAAGAAUCAACCCAAUGAUGCAUUACUUGACAAACUUUAUUACCUUUAAAGCGCUUUGAGAUGUUUCUUUAGUCAUUCAAUUAAUAUGACAAGUUCAAGACAAUACUUUCGAUGUAUCCAGAUAAACUAAUGGAUCUUAAAUACAAAUAAACUUUGCAAAACGAAAUUUUA